AUGCAACCCGCGAAUUUUGCAACUAGCGAAAAUACGGUUAUGACUCUCUUGACAAGACGAGCACCACGGCUCAUCUUUUGUCGAUGUCUGUCGUCUCUCAAGCGACCUGUGCUUGACAUAAAGUCAAUAAUUGCAAGAAAAGAUGAGUAUCGAGACUCUAUCAAUAAACGUAAGUUACCACAAAGCUACGUUCAAAACUUGGAAGAUAUAGUGGAGAGAAGAAAUCAUGAAGUUGAACUUGCAAAACAGAUCGAUUCGUUGAGGCACGAGAGAAGUAUUAUGGGAGAAGCGAUGAAAAAGGAGAAAAGUCCUCAGAUUAAAGAGAGCUUGAUUGAAUUGAAGCUGCAACUCAAAUAUCUUGAAGAGCAACAUAAAGAGUUGUCAAGUGAGAUUCUCGACAAGGCUGAGGGACUUCCAAACUUGAUAGAUCCUACAAUUGCUGAAAGUGAAGCCGAGAUUGUCCAAUUCAUUAAUUGUGAAUCAGAAAAAGACGCUGUUUCCAUAAAACCGGCAACCACAUUCGAUCAUCGUGAGAUAGCUGAAAACCUUUCUAUAGUGGAUUUUCAAAGCGCAGCCAAAGUGUCAGGAUCAUCUUGGUACUACCUUAUAGGAGAUGGGGCGCUUUUGGAGCAAGCGCUUGUUCAGUAUGGAUUGAAGAAGGCCCGUCAGUACGGGUAUAGAAUGGUCACACCACCGUCAAUUGUGAAGAACGAAUUUGUCCACGCCUGUGGAUUCAAACCAAACGACCAGAAUAACGAGAAGCAGAUUUAUGGGAUUGAAGGAGGCAACUUAUCCCUAACGGGAACUGCCGAAAUUCCUUUAGGUGCAAUUCAUUCUGGAACAGAUUUCGAAAAUGGACAAAAGUUUCCUAUUAAAUACGUUGGUGUAUCUAGGGCUUACCGAGCCGAAGCUGGAGCCAGAGGCAAAGAUACCAAGGGUUUAUAUAGGGUUCACGAAUUCACCAAGGUUGAACUUUUUCAUUUUACAACGCCGGAAUAUGCCAAACAAGAACUUGAGGAUUUACGUCAACUUCAAACUGAAAUAAUUGAAGAGCUUGGCUUAAUGUCUAAGAUGAUCAAAAUGCCAGCAGAUGACCUUGGAGCUCCCGCACUUAUGAAAUACGACUGUGAAGCAUGGAUGCCGGGGCGAGGUAAUUGGGGUGAGUUGACUAGUAGCUCCAACUGUGGAGAUUAUCAAGCUCGAAGACUUGGUAUUCGGUACAGAAAUUCAGAUAACAAGUUGCAAUUUGUCCACACAUUGAAUGGAACGUGUAUGGCAGUGCCUCGGGUGAUAGUUGCAAUAAUUGAGCAAUUCUACGACGAGGCUACAAAUACGAUAAAAAUCCCACCGGUGCUCCAAGAAUACAUGGACGGAAAAGAUGCGAUCUAG